CGGAGCUCAGGCUGACUGGGAAAUGUCAGCCGAUUGACUGGGUGAGGGUUUUUCUUUUCCCCGCGCCCACAGGCCUUCGGGUGACCACCGCUGCAGUCGCCUCGGACCGUGUGUCUCCGACGCCGACACACUGCUGCGGACGCGAAGCUUCUCAGUCCCUUCCGGGCCCUGUCUAGAGAGAUCCGACGUGAAGAGAUACGGUCCAGAGCUAUGCACGGAUCACUGUAGUUGGCGAUUGUGAGCAUUCAAUAAUGAGUGGAGCAGCUUUAGGACUGGAGAUUGUUUUUGUCUUCUUUCUGGCACUGUUCCUCCUUCAUCGAUAUGGAGACUUUAAGAAACAGCACAGGCUUGUAAUCGUUGGAACACUGCUCGCUUGGUAUCUCUGCUUUCUUAUUGUCUUCAUACUGCCGCUGGAUGUUAGUACGACAAUAUAUAACCGAUGCAGACAUGCUGCUGCAAAUUCCAGCCCUCCUGAAAAUAGCAAUGUUACGGGAGUGUAUGCAGCUGUCACCCCAGCUCCAAGGCAACAUCCAUGUUUCAAGCCAUGGAGUUACAUUCCAGAUGGAAUCAUGCCAAUUUUCUGGAGGGUAGUUUAUUGGACAUCACAGUUUUUAACGUGGAUUCUGCUACCUUUUAUGCAGUCAUAUGCAAGAUCUGGAGGCUUUUCCAUUACUGGAAAGAUAAAAACAGCCCUGAUUGAGAAUGCAAUCUAUUAUGGCACUUACUUGCUGAUAUUUGGAGCAUUUCUAAUUUAUGUGGCUGUAAACCCACGUUUGCAUUUAGAAUGGAACCAACUUCAGACUAUAGGGAUAGCUGCUGCCAACACAUGGGGUCUGUUUCUUCUUGUGUUGUUAUUGGGGUAUGGCUUGGUGGAGAUUCCUCGGUCAUACUGGAAUGGAGCCAAAAGGGGUUAUCUACUCAUGAAGACUUACUUUAAGGCAGCCAAACUGAUGACAGAGAAAGCAGAUGCAGAAGAGAACCUGGAGGAUGUAAUGGAGGAGGUUCGUAAAGUAAAUGAAAGCAUUAAGUACAACCACCCAUUGAGAAAAUGUGUUGAUACAAUACUUAAAAAGUGCCCUACAGAUUAUCAGGAAAAGAUGGGUAGAAAUAUGGAUGAUUAUGAAGAUUUUGAUGAAAAACGUAAUACCUACCCAAGUGAAAAAAGUUUGGUAAAAUUGCAUAAACAGGUCAUUUAUUCAGUUCAAAGGCACCGUCGAACUCAAGUGCAAUGGCAAAUUCUUUUGGAACAGGCAUUCUAUCUAGAAGAUGUAGCAAAAAAUGAAACUAGUGCAACUCAUCAAUUUGUUCACACCUUUCAGUCACCCGAGCCAGAAAAUCGAUUUAUCCAAUAUUUUUAUAAUCCUACAGUUGAAUGGUACUGGGAAUGCCUGUUGCGUCCAUGGUUUCACAGGAUCCUUGCUGUGGUUUUGUCCAUCUUCUCAGUGAUUGUUGUGUGGUCAGAGUGCACCUUCUUUAGCACGACUCCUGUCUUAUCUCUCUUUGCAGUCUUCAUACAGCUGGCAGAAAAAACAUACAAUUAUAUUUAUAUUGAGAUUGCUUGCUUCCUUUCCAUCUUCUUCCUAAGUAUCUGUGUUUACUCUACGGUGUUCAGGAUUCGAGUAUUUAAUUACUACUACUUGGCUUCACAUCAUCAGACUGAUGCCUACAGCCUUCUUUUCAGCGGCAUGUUAUUUUGCCGUUUGACUCCCCCUUUAUGUCUUAACUUCUUGGGAUUGACACACAUGGAUUCAUCCAUCUCUCACCAGAAUACCCAGCCAACUGCAUAUACAUCUAUCAUGGGUUCCAUGAAAGUUUUAUCCUUUAUUGCAGAUGGAUUCUAUAUAUAUUAUCCUAUGUUGGUGGUAAUUCUCUGCAUUGCUACGUAUUUUAGUUUGGGAACCCGUUGUUUGAAUCUGCUUGGUUUCCAGCAGUUCAUGGGAGAUAAUGAUAUGACAUCAGAUCUAGUUGAUGAAGGAAAAGAAUUAAUCAGACGAGAGAAAAGAAAAAGACAAAGGCAAGAGGAAGGUGAAAAUCGAAGAAGAGAAUGGAAAGAACGUUAUGGACACAACAGAGAAGAUUCCACUAGGAACAGAAAUGUUCAUCCUGACCCCAAAGAAUCGAAUUUCUCAGAUACUGCUACCAAUUGGUCAUCCAAGUACACCAGGGCUAAUAACAGGACUGAAAGAGACCGAAUAGAACUUCUCCAGGAUGCAGAACCUUUGGAUUUUAAUGCAGAGACAUUCACUGAUGAUUCUCUGGAACCUGAGUCAGGAAGGUAUCAACCUGGUGGACGAUAUCUCUCCAUGUCUUCCAGCAUAAUAUUUGAAGAUAUCUAAAGUUCGAAGAAAUUCAUGGCUCAAGUAACCAAGGUCAUCGCAUCAGCCCAGCCUUUAUGAACAUGAUUGUGCCCUACAAUUCCUCUAUCCUGUCUGUGAAUAGUAAGGAUAACAAAAAUGGCACUGACAACAGAUCACAUCUUAAGAACACUAGGUUAUUUGUUGGCUAGAGUGUCAUCCUUUCUGAUAGGACUUAUUGCUUACCGUCUGAAGUGUCUGCCUCACAAGUGAGUUAAGUGGAAGGGUUUAAUUCAUGAUAAACAGAACACAGCUGGUUUCAAGUUGAUUUUUUUCCAGGAGAGUUCUUUUAAAGUCCAAGGAAGCCAGAAUUUUAUAAAUGUAAUUUAAUUUGUUCAACCUACAUUUCCCAAAGAAGUGAAAGUGAACCGAGACCUCAGCUAAUUACUGUAUUUACAAAACCCAUGUCUUAAGAUAAGGCUUUCUUAUUACACACAACUGAAUGUAAACAACUCUACUUCCGAUCUGUAUACAAAUUAGUGGAAUUUUGCAUGUAAAAUUAGGAUUAUUCUUCAGUUGAUGGUGUUAGUGUCUUUAGCAUGUGUAUUCUAACUGGGUGAUGUGGUAUUCUUUUCAUUCUUUGUGGUAACUGGAUCUUUUUAUGGUUUUGAUAUUAUUGCUUUGUAAAAGAUUUUUAUUUCAGAGAAAAAUAUUCACCUUUAGCAUUUAGCAUAAUGACUUGACACUGACCAUUCCAGCCAAAAAAAAUCAUAAAUAUUAAUGGUGAAUUAUUUAUUUCCAAAGAGAUCCCCAAAUGAUACCUGUUAAUACUUUUUAAAAAGAAAAUGUUUGGCUAUUCUGGCUAUUCAGAGGUAAAAAGAAAAAUAAUCUAUUUGUAAUUAUUGCUAACACUAAAAUUAUAGCUUAGGAAAAUCAGAAAAAUGUAUUAGAAUAGAAAUAUGUCAUAAUAAUUUCCUUGCUAAACAUGGUUAUUAUUUUAAAUUGGUUGUUUCAACCUUUGCAUUUAAGCCAAAGUUGGGUAUUAUGUUUUAAAGAGCCAGUGUUUUAUUGUAACGUGAACAUGGUUGAGUGCAUCAUGUUUGCAGGUAUUGUUUUAUGGUCCUGAAAUAUUUGUCUCUUACAGAAUCCAUUCUAUGUGAAUAACCAGACUUGAACUUUUCCAGACAGUCUUGCACCUGUUUUCCUUGCAAUUGUUCCUAGUGUUCAAGUGUUAUAUUGCCAUGUGUUCAGAAUGUAGUUCUAUGUAGGUACUGAAAGGGAGGGCAUAUCAUCCUCAUUAUUUUUCUUUUUUAAUGGUUGCAUUUUUGAUAACCUUUCAAAUAGAUCCCCCUUUAAACAAUUAUCAGUAGAUAGAUUUAUUCUGAAUUGAAGGUUGCAUCGCCUGCUUAAUUCAAGGACACAUAAUGCAUAUAACCUUUUACUGUGUAGUGAGGCCAGAGGGCAGCUGACCAGAUAAUGUAAUGCUAUUCAUAAUUUUAUGAUUGGUUCCUGGAAUACCUUGGGCAGAUCAUGGAACCUUUCGGUGCCUCAAUUUCUUCAUUUUCAGAAUGAAGGACAUUUGCUACUUACCUACUGAUCUACCUCACGAAACUGUUGUGAGGGGGUUAGGUUGAUGAUUGUGUGCUGGGGUUUCUCCUGGGCUAUUUUGUUUGUUUGUACUUUUCUUUGAGUAGUCCUUUGAAGGUGAAAGGGAUGAUUAUCACAGUAAGUAGGGGUCUUUGAGAAGAUUUGAAGCCCCCGAAGCAAAAUGAACUAAUUUGUCUAAAGAUGCUGAAAUAGUUUCAUCAUUUGUUCUGUGGAUUUACUUUAAAAUAAUUUUCCUUAAAUACAUUUUUUGUUAAUUUUUUUUCUUAAUACUCAGAUGCUGUUGUUGGAAUAGAAGGAUAAAAAGAGAAGAAAUGUCCAACUUUACAACUGACUUUGCUAAUGCACUAAACAAAUUGAUAGGAAUGUGUUGGUGUUUUCCUUUAAAGUUACAGUAAUAGAAACAUAGGUGUAUAGAUACAUAUGUAGAUAUGUAUACAUAUCCUUCACAAAUACUGGGUUUCGUUAUGGCUUUUGAGUUAUUUCCACAGUGAAUUUUUAUUGUUUCUGUGAUCCAGAGUGUGUUCACAUUUUUUUUAUUUAGUUUAUUUUUUUUAGUUGUUGAAAAAAAAUUUCCGCCUCCUCCCCCUUUCCCAUUUCCCUCCCCCUCCUACCACACAUCGCCUCUCCCCUCCCCCCUCCUCUCCCCCUCCCCCCACUUCAUCCCCCCCUCCCUCUCGAGACUGAAGAGCAGUCCAGAUUCCCUGCCCUGCGAGAAGUCCAAGGUCCUCCCACUUCUAUCCAGGUCCAGGAAGGUGAGCAUCCAUCCGAACGCGCUAGGCUCCCACAAAACCAGUUCAUGUAUUAGGAUUGAAACCCAGUGCCAUUGUCCUUGGUUUCUCAUCAGCCCUCAUUGUCCGCCACAUUCAGAGAGUCCGGUUUCAUCCCAUGCUUUUUCAGUCCCAGUCCCGCUGGCCUUGGUAAGCUCCCAAUAGAUCAGUUCCACUGUCUCAGUGGGUGGGUGCACCCCUCGUGGUCUUGACUUCCUUGUUCAUGUUCUCCCUCCUUCUGCUCCUCAUUUGGACCUUAAGAGCUCACUCCGGUGCUCCAAUUUGGUGUGUUCACAUUUUUAAAGGGUUUCUCUUACAGAAUUUUGUAUGUGACUAUAUAGGAAAGUUACUUUGCUGGGUAAAUUUGAGUUUAGAAGGUAAUGAUUUCAUACUGGAAGACUGAGUUUAUUUCUGAGGAAUUAAGUUAAUAUUUACUAAGAUACUUUGUGUAAACCACUGAUAGUUUGUAUAAUAUUUUUAUUUUUUGAAACACUUAUAACAUGUAAAGAUACAGUACAUAUGAUUUAUGUACAAGAUUUUUUCUUAAAGAAUUAUUUCUGGUACUUUUUAUGUCUUUCUUACAUGUUAAGAAAUAUUUUAUUAGACUUACCUAAAAUUUUGUUUUGUUUUGUUUUUGAGACAAAGUCUUAAGUGGCCCAGGCUGGCCUUGAACUGUCUAUGUAACUGAGGAUGACCUUGGACUUCUGAUCUUUCUCUUCCACCUCUCAAGUUCUAAGAUUAAAGACGUGUGCCACAGCACUUAAAUCAAUAUUUUUAAAUAAUUGUUAGUUAAGAACAUUUAACAAACUAAUAACUCAAAAUAAAUAUUAUAGGAAAAAAAUCUAUAAAUUUCAAUAAUCACUUAUAUGUAUUGUUAAUUUACUUUUUACAACUUCAUAGUCAUUUCAUUAAUUGUACAUUUUUGUACAAUUAUUUUAAAUAAGAACUAAAAUAUAAAUCUAAUCAUAAAUAUUUGCUACUGUGCCACAUUCAUACAAGAGUUUUAGAAUAAUUUCAUCCUACAAGAGGGUCUCAAUUCACACAAAUGGUAAGAGUUAAAGUAUGAAAAGUUCCCAUCAUAAAAACAGAUCAAAUUCAUCUGUCUAAACAUCUAAAGAGAAUUCUUGCUGCUUGGUAUGUUUCUGGCCUCUAUCAUUUAAAUCAUCUGAUUUAAAUCAUUAAAAUUUAAACAUAAUGGGUGUCCAAAUUAAGUGUAGGUGGUAAAGUCACUCAGUUUUUUAAAGUUUUUCUAGCAUGCUAAUGGACAGAUUUCAUUUAUGUUUAUUUACAGACCUCAUUUUAUAUUUUUGAUAGGUUUAAGAAAUGGUUUUGAUAGCAUAUUGAUUACCAUUUUAAGGGGGAAAUAAAACGAAUAGUUACAGUUCCGGUUAUAAAAGUAAGAUUUAGUCUUAGAUUUUGAAUGUCUGAAAAAUCACAAAGAUGAAAGUAUAUUUGUACUAAGAGACAAAACAAGUCCCUGGGAGUCAUAACACUCUUGACUUUUCAAAGUGCAAUGGACUAUGCAUUUAACUUUAAAAGCUAAGAAGUGAAUUUAGGGUUUGCCUCUCUCUUGUGCCUCCCACUCUCUGAGCCUCCCUCCUUUCCCACCUCUUUUUAUCAUUUGAUUUUCAGUAUGCUGACAGAGUUUCCUCUCUUGUUUGUUUUAUGUACACAGUUGUUUUUGAUGAGCAGUGCACUCAAAAGGAACUACUUCUGAUUUAAAAUCCCAUUACUUGAAAUAGCAGUAUUGUACCUAAGGAGUAAAACAGGCUGCUGAACCAGUGGACAGUGUCUGAAUAGACAUGUGCUGUGUACUAGUUCAGUGCACUUUCUUCUAGGGGACAAAGGAGGGCACUGCAGAAAAAGUCAUUUUCACUGUAAAAAAUUGUGUAUUUAUCAUAAAAAGGAACUCAUAAAAUGUUCAUGUUUAACAAUGGAACAAAGGUUUGCAGGAGGCUUUGUGGGCUUUUUUUUUUUUUUUUUUUGUAUAGUACUUCCAAAUCAGUUGCUUUUUGUAGCUAGAGAUUUGGAAGACGAGGCAGGUUUAGCCCCAUUUCCAGCUCCUGGAUCCCAGCCCUGUGGUGCAGGCACUACCCUCCUUUCCACUGCCAUGGAGCCAUGCUCUCACCUUUAUUUGCUUCCAUAUUAGCCAGCAUAACAACAACAACAGCAACAAAAUUUCAUUUUUAAAGGAUUUAUCCAUUGAGAUCAGGUGAGGUAUUGCUAUAAUUUAAAUUUUUCUUAAUAAAGUAAGACUUGGUAUAAUUCUGCAUUCACUAUCCUAAAAGAUGUUUUGGUUUCUUCCCCAAAAACCUUUUCUUUUGCAGGUAUGUUGAUUACAAAUAAUUUUGUAAAAGAAUUUGACUGUGUUUGGUGCAAAUGAGUAGGAAGAGUAGCUGGCUAUGGCAGACAUACAUGGAACAAGUGCACAGCAUGCUAAUGUGCAGAGCUUUGGAGUUGGUAGUACGGCAUAAGUCUUCUGUCUUUAGCAAAAGAAUACUGGCUAGCCUCUUCCCUGUUUGGCAUGCCAAGCUGUAGGGAAGAGACUGUGUUAUUUAUUUAUUUUUUAAAACAAUCCAAUGGAUUUGUUUUUCUUUGUAUUUUGGGAACAACUUGAAGGAUUUUUAUCAUUUUAGAAGAUAGAGAAUAUGUAUAUCUAUCUUUUAAAUACUAUAACCUAAUAUAUAUAUAAAUUAUAGUAUUAAAAAGGACAAAUAGCUCUAAUUAUUGAUGUUAUUUCCUGGUAUUUAAUUUUUAUAAAUGUUUUUGUAAGUAAUUGUAGUAUUGCUUUUAAAUAGUUUUAAAGUCAUCCAUAAAUAAGUUCUGACCCAACAUACUGCCUUAGUACAGUAUUCUGAAGUACAGUACUCUGAUGUGAAUCUGAAACAUGCCUGCAUUUCCUUCAUUUCUUCGUAUGUAUGUAUACAUAUACCAGUUCCCAGGAAAAGCAUACAAUAAGCCUAAUUUCUACAUUGCAUUGAUAAAGAGCUUGGUAUUUUGCCUUCAUAUAAUUCAAUUGUCUAGAUGAAAUAGAACAUAAGUCUUUUCAAAUUGUAUUCAAUCACAAUUUUCAAAAUGGUAACUUCAUUUUUGGGAUGCAUGAUGCCAAGAUUAUCUUUAAUCAGCUUUUAUUACUGGAUGUGUAAGAAUGGAUGUUUUCCUACCUGGCCAGUAGGUUGUAGAUUAAACUAUUUUUCUGUAGAUUCCCACUACAUUUUCAAAUCUAUAUUUGGAAAAAACUAUAAAGUGCUAUUAGUAAGUAAGUUAGCAUCUUUGGCCUUAUCUAUGCAUAAUGUUCUUUAGUUUGAUUUUGACAAACUCAUUGACUCACAAUUCCUUUGUAGUAUUGUAACUGACUGUGAUGUAAUGAAUUUUUCAAAGUGUUUAUAUGAUUCAUUAUUAAAAAAUAGGAUAUUAUAUAGCUUUGCAUGAAAUAAACUACAUUUCUUUGA